AUGAAAGACAGUUACCUGAAAGGCGGUGAAACCUUACGGUUUCUGCACAGCCACAGCGACGCAUGUCUGACGGUUCCGUACACAGAACACGGAGAAGAGCUUCAACGAAUUACACAAUAUGAGACUGGAUCUGUUUCCACUUCUGCUCGCUCACUCUGGAGGCUGGAAAUACUGCGUGUUGCCUGGAGUGGCAGACAUACGUGCUGGGGCCAGCCGUUCAGACUCUGCCAGGUCACCACUGGGAAAUACCUGGGCUUCACGGAGGAGAACGGCCUUCAUCUGGUUGAUCGGGACAAAGCUAAUAUUAACACAAGCUCCUUCUGCUUCAGACCAUCGAAGGAAAAGCCUCACGAUGGGUCAAAGACGGAUGCUGAUGGUAUGGGACAUCCAGAGAUCAAGUAUGGAGACUCCGUCUGUUACGUUCAGCAUAUUCACUCAGGACUCUGGCUAACGUACCAAACUGAUGAUGCUAAGAGUCAAAUGGGAGGAACUCAGAGAAAGGCUAUUUUACACAGCGAGGGUCACAUGGACGACGGCCUGUCGCUGUCUCGAUCUCAGAGAGAGGAAGCUCACACCGCACGACUGAUCCGGAGUUCCCUUCUUCUGUUCAAUUGAAACUUGGAUGGAUAUCAUCAGGAUGGAAACCUUCCUCCCAUCAACGUAUCAAUGACCUCCAUGACGUCGAGUCUCCAGGAUCUAAUCCACUAUUUCCAAUCUCCACUUGAAACGUUAAGCCACCAAGAGAAACUAAAGCACCUGAAUGUGCAAAAGAAACGCCAGAAUAUGUUUCAAGAGGAGGGUGUGAUGGAUUUAAUCCUAGAAUGUAUCGACAGCCUCCACCAGUACAGUAGUGCUGGAGCUUCCCGUUCUGUUGAUUCUUCUGAAGGUGGAGGAGGAUGGGACGUCGUCCUUAACUGUUUUUAUGAGCUCCUAGCUGCCAUGAUUCGUGGAAACCGGGUAAACUGUGCACAUUUGUCCGCCUCUAUGGACUGGCUUUUUAGUAGAUUGGAUCGACUGGAAGCCUCUUCUGGGGCUUUGGAAGUGUUGCACUGUAUUCUAGUAGAGAGCCCUGAAGCAUUAAAAGCCAUAAAAAACGCACACAUUGAGUCCAUCAUCUCAUUUUUAGACAAACAUGGACGCAACAAUAAGGUGCUGGAGGUGCUGUGCUCCCUGUGUGUGUGCCACGGCGUGGCCGUGCGCUCCAAUCAGAACCUCAUCUGUGACAGUCUGCUGCCAGACAGAGAUUUGCUGCUUCAAACACGGCUGGCCAAUCAGGUCACCAGCAUGAGACCCAACAUCUUCAUGGAUCCAGGAGAACCCUCCUCCCAGCCCCGGAGGUGGUACUUUGAGUUGGUUGUGGAUCACGUCGACCCGUUCCUCACAUCUGAACCAACACACCUGCGAGUGGGCUGGGCCUCCACUAAAGGCUACCGGCCAAAACCAGCAGGAGGAGAAGGCUUUGGGGGGAACGGUGUUGGUGACGACCUCUGUUCCUUUGGCUUUGACGGCCUUCAUCUCUGGUCAGGCUGUGUGGGCCGCAGAGUCAGCUCUCCCUUCCCCCACCUGCUGAAAGAUAAUGAUGUGGUUAGCUGCUGCCUUGACCUCACUGUUCCAUGCAUAUCGUUUCGGGUCAACGGUUUGCCAGUGCAGGGCAUGUUGGAGAACUUCAUUGCUAAUGGACUUCUUUACCCGGUGGUCAGCAUUUCUGCUGGAGUAAGGGUUCGUUUUCUUUUUGGUGGACGGCAUGGAGAGUUUCGCUUUCUCCCCCCACCUGGCUACGCUUCAUGCUCUGAGGCUUUGCUCCCGAAAGUCAAACUGAAGGUAGAGCCGUGUCAGAAACAUGUUCUAGAAUCCGAAAAGACGGAAAAAAAGCUCUUUGGCCCCUCGGUUCCAAUCACCCCAGUUACAUUCUCUCCAACACCGGUAGACAUAAGCAAGGUUGCACUACCUCCUCAACUUGAAGAUAUCCGAGAAAAACUGGCAGAAAAUAUCCACGAGCUUUGGGUAAAGGACAAGAUUGAGCUUGGAUGGACCUAUGGACCAAUAAGAGAUGACAGUAAAAGACACGACCCAUGUUUGGUGGAAUUCUCCAAGCUGCCAGAGCAGGAAAAAAUCCAGAACCUUCAGACAGCUCAGGACACUCUUAGGACUCUUCUUGCCCUUGGCUUCCACAUUGGGUUGACGGAUGACCAAGCUGAAGAGCGUGUCAAAUACACCAGACUGCACACUAAAUAUGAACUUCUCAGCGGCUACCGGCCUGCACCAGUCGACUUCAGCAGGAUUCUCCUCAGCUCGGCAGAUGAAGAAGUGGUCAACUUGCUGGCAGAAAAUGACCACAAUGUAUGGGCAAGAGAACGAAUCAAGCAGGGUUGGACCUAUGGGGUCCAGCAGGAUGUAAAAGCAAAGCAGAGUCCACAGCUUGUGCCUUACAGCCUUCUGGAUGAAAGAACAAAGCGAACAGUCAGGGAGGGUGUCAGAGAGGCUGUCUGCACCCUGCUGGCAUUUGGCUACAGUCUCGAGCCCCUUAACCAGGAACCGGCCAAAUUAUCACAGCCGUGCCCCUUCUCCACUGAGAAGUGCAGAGUGUUCCGACCAGAUAAAUCGAAUGCUGUGACCACAGGGAAGUGGUAUUUUGAAUUUGAAGUGGAGACAGACGGGACUAUGAGAGUGGGCUGGGCGCGACCAGACUGCACUCCAGAUAAAGAGCUUGGCUCAGAUGACCAAGCAUACGUUUUUGAUGGAUUUGAGGCCCAGUGGUACCAUCAGGGCGGUGAGGCCCUUGGAAGUACAUGGCUCAGAGGAGAUGUGGUUGGUUGCUUGCUGGACUUGGUGGAACGAUCAAUGAUGGUCACACUCAAUGGAGAACUCCUGUUUAAUGAGCAAGGAUCAGAGCUGGCUGCCAAGGAUUUUGAUAUUGACAAUGGCUUUUUGCCCAUUGUAAGUGUUGGGGUGAAUCAGGUUGGAAAGCUUAACCUGGGGCGCCAAGUGGAUUCAUUGAAGUACUUUAAUGUCUGUGGUCUACAAGAGGGCUACAAACCCUUUGCGUACAAUAUGGAAAGAGACCCACCUCUGUGGAUGAGUUGGAAACAGCCCACAUUCACACCUAUACAGGAUUCUGAUCAGAACUUAAAGGUUAUUAGAGUUGGUGGCUCUAGUGAUGGCUUGUCCAGUCUGAGGGUUUCCCACCGUUUGGCACACCCCGGUGCAGGAAGCAGGGUGGGAUUUUACCGUCUCAGCAUGCCCGUUGAAUGUGCUGCCACCCUCAGAAGUCCAGGAGAGGUCGUGCUUCCAGCGGUGUCAAACUCUGUGAUCACAUCUCAAGGGAGGAAAGAGCAAGAGGACACAGACUCUGACUUUGAAGUCCUGAUGAAGUCAGCACACAGCUCUGCUGGCUCUAGAGACGAGCUAGAUCAUAAGGAUCAUGGUCAUGACAAAACAUCUAAACUCAAACAGCGGUUCCUGCCGAAGCGGAACAAACCCGGUUUGGUUAGCAGCGGCUCAUCUGCACGGCUCCUCGAGGAUGUUGUAAUUGACAAAGACAAUUAUGAUCGACUCAUCCAGAAUUCCAGGGUGAUCUUUGAUUUCCUCCUUUUCAUAUCUCUUUAUAACCGCAAAAUUACACCGCAGAUGGAAGUUGCCGAUUUGAAAAUCAGUUCGUUUUGCUCUCCGCCAAUCCCGAAAAAGAGUCCCACUUGCCAUUCCGCUGUUGUAGAGCGUGUAAAGCUUGAGUUCUUAUCAUGCAGCGCUUUGUUUUUUUUUUUAAUCCUUAAAGCCAAAUACCAAAGAGUGACUCUAAUUACCCAUCAUUUUCAGUACUACUACACAGUGAGGGUUCUUCCAGGCCAGGAGCCGUUCAAUGUGUGGGUAGGCUGGGUGACCUCUGACUUUCGUCAUUACAACGCGACGUUUGACACCAACAGUGUCCACACUGUCACUGUAACUUUGGGAGACGACAGUGGCAAAGUUCAGGAAAGUGUGAGGCGAUCCAGCUGUUACAUGGUGUGUGCCGGAGAGGCAACGGGACUUUCUCAGAGUCGGAGAAGUGCUGGUUUGGAAAUUGGUUGUUUGAUUGACUCAUCGACCGGGCUGCUCACUUUUACCUCCAACGGUGUGGAGAUGUCAACAUUUUACCAAGUAGAGGCACAAACAAGGCUGUUUCCUGCUGUUUUCGUCAAGCCCACCACAACUAACAUGUUCCAGUUUGAACUGGGAUGUGUCAAGAAUGCAAUGCCUUUGUCAUCAGGUUUGCUUCGCAGCCUAAGGAGAAAUCCUUCACCUCAGUGUCCUCCCAGGAUUCAUGUUCAGUAUCUGAGGCCCGUUUCCUGGACCAGAGUACCAGAUAAGGCACUAAAAGUGUUGGUGGAUCAACCAGUUGACCACCAUGGAUGGAGAGUCCAGUGCAUUGAGCCUCAACAAUUUACAGCUCUUCAGAUUCCUGAGGAAAACAGAUCCAUUGACAUUUUGGAACUGUCAGAAGUUGGGGACCUCCUCACCUUUCACCACAACACCCUCCUCCUCUACUGCUCCUUGUGCUGCCAUGGCAACAGCAGAGUUUGCCAUGCACUCUGCAGUCACAUCGACCAGUCGCAAAUUCUCUAUGCAAUUCAGAACCCGUACCUCGCUGGACCACUUCGAGAUGCUUACUAUCAACUAUUUAUUCAGAUUUAUUUAAGCAGCCACGCCACAGAGCGUCUCAUGAUGAACAAUGAAUACAUCGUUCCAAUGACGGGUCAAAUCCGAGAAAGUCCUUCACAUUGUGCUCUUGACGGAGGGACUGAUUCUGCAGGAGAAGGGAUUCCCAACAAUGAUCACAGCACAUCCCUUAAACCACAGAUGCACUGCUCUUGUCCUUGUUUUGUGAGAGGAGACGAGAGCACAGUCGUUCUGGCCAGCACAGACAGCCCGGAAAUCCCUCUGGACGUGUUAAAGGAUCUAACUCUGGAAAUGGUGACUGCUGGGGUUUCGGCAGUGGGUCGAGAUGUGAGGGAUCCCGCUGGAGGCAGCGUUGAACUCCUGCUUGUUCCUCUUUUAAAAUUGUUGUACCAGCUCUUGGUUAUCGGUGUGUUUCGGGAUGAGGACCUUGGGAAGAUCCUUUGGCUAAUGGAGCCAAAGGAGUUUUCCGUAAUUGCUCAAAAAUUGGACACAUUGGUUAAUGAACAAGAAACUCAAGGCCGGAUCAAAGAAGUUGAGGGCACUAUUAUCAAACAAGGACUUCUUCAGCUGCAGCUUCCAGAAGGUGUCAAACUUGAGCUCUGCCAUCUCCUAUCCUACUUGUGUGACUGCCAGGUGCGCCAAAGGGUAGAAGCAGUGAUAGCGUUCUCCGAAGGUUUUGUGCAUAAGCUGCAGGAGAAUCAACGUGUUCGUUACAAUCAAGUCAUGCAAGCAUUUAACAUGUCUGCAGCCCUCACCGCCCGCAGGACAAGGGAGUUUCGUCUUCCUCCACAGGAGCAGAUAAAUAUGCUGCUGAUGUUCAAAGACAACGAGGUGCAAGAAAACUGUCCAUGUCCCCUGAAAACCCAGCAUCUUCUGGAAGAUUUCCAUCACCAACUCAAGACACGCUGUGCCAUUGAAGCAGACACUGCCUCAGAGGAUGAAGAUGAGACUUCUUUAAAAGUUCGACUUUUCAGUAUGGUGGCAAGUGUCACUCGACCCAAAAACAAACUCAAAGAAAAGGAAAACUGUGGAUCACAAAGGCCAAAGUCUCUCAAGAAACUGAUUUCCGAGACGAUGGUACGCUGGACCCAGGAGAGGGAAAUGGAAAAUCCCGAACUGGUUAGGACGAUGUUCACUUUGCUGCACCGGCAGUAUGAGGGCCUCAAGGGCCAAAUGGAGGAGCCCCUUUCAAAGGCCUACAUGAUCAGUCAGGCAUCAGUGGAGGACGCCGUUGCCCUCUUGUCAUCUCUUUGUGAAAUCCGUUCUUUACUCAGCAUCCGAAUGGGAAAAGAAGAAGAGCAACUGAUGAUUCGAAGUCUUGGAGAAAUCAUGAAUAAUAAGGUCUUCUACCAGCACCCUAACUUAAUGAGAGCAUUGGGGAUGCACGAGACCGUUAUGGAGGUAAUGGUCAACGUGAUGGAAGAAGAAGAGUCGAAGGAAGUUACUUUUUCCAAGAUGGUGGCCUGCUGCUGUCGAUUUCUGUGUUACUUUUGCCGCAUAAGCCGUCACAAUCAGGGAGCAAUGUUUGACCAUCUCGGAUACUUACUGAAGAACAGCAGCGUUGGAUUGGCUUUGCCCUCCAUGCGUGGCUCCACCCCCCUUGACGUGGCUGCAGCCUCCGUCAUGGAUAAUAAUGAACUGGCUUUAGCUUUAAGGGAACCAGAUCUGGAAAAGGUGGUUCGAUACCUUGCUAGCAGUUGUCUCCAGAGCUGUCCAACUCUAGUGGCAAAAGGCUACACGGAUAUUGGAUGGAAUCCUGUGAAGGGAGAACGCUAUCUGGAUUUUCUACGCUUUGCUGUCUUCUGCAAUGGUGAGAGCGUGGAGGAGAACGCCUAUGAGGUGCUGAGGUUGUUGAUUCGCCGCCCGGAGUGUUUUGGCCCGGCGCUCAGAGGUGACGGAGGGAAUGGACUUCUAGCAGCCAUGAAAGAAGCAAUCAUGAUCUCCCAGGAUGCUUCCAUGGACGGACCGUACCCAUCUCAGGAGUCCCAGAGAGGCCUACAGGACAGUGACGAUGACCGCAUCCACAUGGGUCACGCCAUUAUGACCUUUUACUCUGCCCUCAUUGAUUUGUUGGGUCGUUGCGCUCCAGAGACGAUGGCUUCUUGAUGGAGCCGGACCUCUCUACAGUCUUCUGCCCAGACCACAAGGCAGCUAUGGUUUUAUUUCUGGAUCGAGUUUACGGAAUUGAGAGCCACAGCUUGCUCCUCCGGCUUCUGGAAGUUGGAUUUCUACCUGACAUUCAGGCAGCUGUUUCUCUUGACACUGUGGAGCUCGGAUCCACGGACAUGGCUCUGGCCCUCAACAGAUACUUGUGUGGAAGCGUUCUUCCUCUUCUAACAAAAUGCUCAGCUCUUCUCCAUGAUUUACAAGAUCAUGUGCUGCUGGUUGAUUGUCUAAUCCAGGGAGUCUACCGGCUUUCAGGAGCUUUUAGCUUGACCAAGGCUCAGAGAGAAACCGCUCAGGAUUGUUUGCUGGCUUUGUGCAGUAAACUCCAGGCAUCCAUGAUGCAGCCUUUGCUUCGACGCCUCGUUUUUGACGCUCUCCAUCUCACAGACCACAGCACAAUGGCUCUGAAGCUGCUGAUCAGUCAUUACGCACAGAGGCGGUCCUACUAUUCCCACGCCGGCAGGCGCAGUGACCAGAGUUUGGCCUCUGAGGAAGAACUCCACCUGUCUAGAAAGUUAUUUUGGGGCGUCUUUAAGGCGUUGGCAAAGAAGAUCCCAAAGCCUUACACCCUUCAGUUAUUGGAGCUGUGUGCGCAGUGCCUUGUUACAGUAGCCAAAGCUUUGCCUCCUGAUCACGUGGAGUCGGUCUGUUUGUCCCAAAUGGAGCGAAAAUCCUUUAUGGACACAGAUGGACAUUUUGAUCCCCAACCUGUAGAUACAGCCAAUGUCUCAGUGCCGGAGAGACUUGAGUUUGUAGUGAACAAGUAUGCGGAACACACUCAUGAAAAGUGGUCUCUUGAAAAGUUUGCCAAUGGCUGGGUUCACGGUGAGCAGCUUUGUGAGGACACGAAAGUUCAUCCUCUCCUCAAGCCAUACAGAGCUCUGGCUGAGAAGGAAAAGGAAGCAUAUCGCUGGGCCAUCAAAGAGACAAUAAAGAGUAUGCUGGCUUUUGGUUGGAACAUAGAGAGGACCAAAGAAGGAGAUACCUUUGGCAUUCAGGCUUGUAGUCGCAGGGUCUCUCAGUCUGGACAGUUGUCUUUUGAAGGAGCAUCAACCUUCAGUCCCAAACCUUUGGACAUGAGCAGUGUCACUUUAUCAUGGGACCACUGUGCUAUGGCUGAACAGUUGGCUGAAAACUACCACAAUGCCUGGGCUCAGGCUACGAAACUAGAACUGGGGAGUAAAGGAGGUGGCGGCCACCCGAAGCUUGUGCCUUUUGAUACUUUGACCACCAAAGAGAAGACUAAGUUCAGGGAAAGAGCCCAAGACAUUUUAAAGUUUCUUCUGCUCAGUGGAUACACUGUGUGGAGGGAUCGGAAAAUGGUGGAAAUGGAUUUUCCAGCCACAGCCAACUGCUUUGCAUUGACUCUCCUGCAACGGCUGCUGACUCACACUGAUGAAGCCCAAGACACCAUGUUAAAGCUUGAAGUGCUUCAAGCCAGAGGUCAGAUGUCUAAAGGAGAGAAGACUCCAGAUCAGCAACCAAUAAUCUUUUUCCUCAAGGUUGUUCUUCCUGUUUUGGAACAAUACGUGAAAAGCCACCACCUGUAUUUCAUCUCCACCUGUCUUGGAUCGAGUGGCAACAGGAGCUGUGCCACGAAAAAAGAAAAGGAGUUGAUUGCGUGCCUCUUUUGUAAGGUGGCAGUUUUUGUAAGACACAGGAUCCCCCACAUCGGAGAUGAAGCCUCAGCUGUUGCAAAUUGCCUCAGCGUUCUCUCCCAAGCUCUUGAUGCCAGGACACUGAUGAAGUCGGCCCCAGAGUCCAUCCAGACUUCUUUGCAUUUGUUUUUUGAGGCAGCAGCCGUUGAUUUGGAGAUGACUGUGGAAAAGCUCUCGGAGACAUCUGUCUCCAUUCCUCAGAGUAGGGGCCAGCUGGCUCGAGGAGUGGCCCAAGCUCUCCACUACACAACUUUCAUUCUUCUCCCUACCCUCACUUCCCUCUUCCAUCAUCUUGCUAACCAAAACUUUGGAGUGGACUUCUUGGUUGGUGGAAUCCAAGUAUCCUGUUACAGGAUCUUGAAUAGCCUCUACUCUUUCAAGAACACGAGCAGCCUCGACAUCGAAGGACACAGACCAGCAGUGGGUGCUUGUUUAGCGGCUUUGACUGGAGCCUUUCCCGUGUGCUUCCUGGAACCAUCUCUGAAUCAGAAUAACCCAUUUUCCAUCUACAACACCGUGAGUGCUACUCAGAUAAAAGAUCAGGGAUUACCAGAUCUGGUGGAGGAUGUGUGUCCCCUUCUUCCCUCUUUGGAAGAGGCAUUGGAGCAGGUGAAGGAGUUGGCAUGUGCCGGCGCUGGAGCCCACCACUUCGUCCAUGUUGCAGAGAUCACGCUGCCGAUGUUGUGCAGCUACAUUUCCCACUGGUGGUGCUGCGACCCUGAAGAACCUCCACUUUUUACCUCCGUCGGUCCUCAACACGCAAGCGAUCUACUUGGCUACAUACUCCGCAUCUUCUACAACCAUGUGGGUGCUAGCCAUUGUGACUGGAUGAAGCAACUUGCGGUUUUUUCACAGCGGAUCAUACGCAGUGCCCCCGUUGAGUCGCUAAAGAGUCACUUCCUCCCAGUGAUGGAGAAGCUGAGGAAGAGGGCGGAAGGAAUACUGCGGGAGGAAGAGCAGAUGAAGGCAGAGUGCUCUUGUACCUCCGAGGGAGAGCUGCUCAUACAGGAGAAGUACACAGUGCUGGUUCGAGAUCUCUAUGCCUUCUAUCCUCUCCUUAUCCAGUUUGUGGAUUGCAAUCGAGCCAGAUGGCUGAAAGAGCCGAUCCCUGAGGCUGAGCAGCUGUUCGGCAUGGUGGCAGAGGUCUUUAUAUUCUGGGCCAAAUCUCAUCAUUUUAAAUGGGAGGAGCAGAAUUACGUCGUCCAAAGUGAAAUCAACAAUUUGACUCUGUUGAUGAAGAAUGAGAAAGCAUCAAAGUUUAACCACAGAGAGAAGAGGACGAAGAGGAAGGGGGAUCGUUAUUCUGCGCACACUUCUCUCAUUGUGACUUCCAUGAAGAAGCUGGUCCCCGUGGGACUGAGGGUUUGUUUUCCAAGCGACCAGAGCCUUAUCAUGCUGGCUAAGAAUGGCUUCUCUCAGAAAAAUACUGAAGAUGAGAUUCGUGACCAACUUUUUAGUGGCCUGUUGCAUAUUCAACGAGAGGCAUCAAUUAGCAUGAGGCAGGAGAGCCUUUAUGCAGAACAGCUAACACAGCAUGGCGCUGUCAGUGACGCACACAAGAUUGUAGACGGGAUUCUAGAAAUAGCUCGCGUCCUUUAUUACCUGGAUCAGGUGGAACACCCUGAAAGACGUAAAAAACCUGCGAGACAAAAGGUUUUAUCCAGACAGAGGAAACGUGCGGUCGUCGCCAGUUUACGGAUGACUCCUCUGUACAACCAACCCACGCACCGUGCUGUCAAUCUGUUUCUGUACGGAUACAACAAACUGUGGAUAUCAACGGAAGACCACAAAUAUGAGGAGAUGCUUACAGAGGUUUUGGCUAAGGGAGGAGCCAUGGAAGCGUGCGAAGGUGACAGAGGGAAAAUAAAGGAUAGAGAGGAAGGUGCGAGGCCAAUCGAUUCCCUCCUCCAACUCAUUACACUCUUCAGUCGAAGUGCCCUGAUGAACAGCAGGCAUGGAAGUGACAGUCUCUUUAAGGCUUACACAGAUAUCAUGGCGAAGAGCUGCUGCAGAGACGGUGACACCGAGGAACAGCCGGAUGUCGAAUGCUUUGAAGUAGGUAAACGGAGAAUGCUUCAGCUUGUGCACAGAUCUCUGUUGAGGGUUUUGGCCAAUGUGUAUUUACAAGGCAAAGUGAUGCCUGACAAAGACUUAACUUGUGACUUGUUCCGUUUCCUGCAGCUUCUCUGUGAAGGCCAUAACGCAGACUUUCAGGAUUAUUUAAGAACACAAACUGGGAACAACACGACUGUCAACAUCAUUAUAUCCACUGUGGACUAUUUACUAAGAGUUCAGGAGUCAAUCAGUGACUUCUACUGGUACUAUUCAGGGAAGGAUGUUGUUGAUUAUGAAGGUCAACGUAACUUCUCCAGGGCCAUCGAAGUGGCAAAGCAGGUCUUCAACACACUCACCGAGUACAUUCAGGGUCCAUGCACCGGAAAUCAACAGAGUUUGGCUCACAGCCGUCUUUGGGAUGCUGUGGUGGGAUUUCUUCACGUCUUUGCUCACCUGCAGAUGAAGCUUUCUCAGGAUUCAAGACAGAAUGAACUGCUGAAAGAACUCAUGGAUUUGCAGAAAGACAUGGUCGUGUUUCUGCUUUCUAUGUUGGAAGGAAAUGUCAUCAACGGAACUAUUGGGAAGCAGAUGGUAGACAUGUUGGUGGAGUCGUCUGGAAACGUGGAGAUGAUUCUUAACUUUUUCAACAUGUUCCUCAAACUUAAAGACCUCACAUCUUCAGAGCUUUUUCAGGAAUAUGACCCCGACCUCAAAGGCAACAUUUCCAAAAAAGACUUCCACAAAGUCAUGGAGCACUGCAACCAUUUCUCCCAAGCGGAGAUUCACUUCUUGCUCUCCUGCAUGGAGACCAACGAGAGCGAAAUUGUGGAUUAUGCGGAAUUUGUUGAUCGAUUCCAUGAGCCUGCAAAAGACAUUGGCUUCAGCAUCACAGUGCUUCUCACUAAUUUGUCUGAGCACAUGCCCAAAGAGCCUAGACUGAAGACUUUUUUGGAACUGGCAGAGUGUGUCUUGACUUACUUCCAGCCCUGUCUUGGACGCAUUGAGAUCCUUGGCAGCGGGAAGCGCUUCGAACGCAUCUACUUCGAGAUCAGCGAUUACAGUCGCACACAAUGGGAGAAACCCCAGGUCAAAGAGUCUAAAAGGCAGUUCAUUUUUGACGUGGUAAACGAAGGAGGAGAGAUGGAGAAAAUGGAGAUGUUCGUCAAUUUCUGUGAGGACACCAUCUUUGAAAUGCAGCUGGCUGCCCAAAUUUCUAAAUGCUCCGGAGCAGAAGACAGGAGACUUGGAGAUGAUGAGGUUCUGGAGAGUAAAAGAAUGAGUGUGGUGGAUCAGGGGUGGCUGUUCCUGUCAUCCCUGCUUUCAGUCAAAAAGACGUUGAUGAAAAUGUCACUGAAGGAUAUCUUCAUAUCAGCCUUUCUGCUCUUUCGAUUGGUUUGCUUGACUCAGAUCCAAUGCGUUGACUUCGUCGUCCGCAGCUUUCUGUAUGUCCUGUACGUUGCUUUUGUCAGUGGCGGGCUCAUAGAAAAAGCAAAAAAGAUGAGGAUGUCAGAUUUGCUUGGCGGUAUCCUUGAGCCAACUCUUGAUGAGGUCAUGGAGGGGUCAAGUGGUGUGAAUCGACUCAGGAAGUACUCUGCCAGCUUCUUGUGCCCGACAGAAUUGAGUGAGAUUGGCCAGAUGGCGGCUCUGACCUCUCCCAGGGAGGUGGAUGCACUCUCCGACAUAUUUGGCCUGAAACUAAAAAAAGAGGGAGGCCAAUACCGACUCGUAUCGAAGGACCUCUCUGCGAGUCUGACUGACCUGUUCCAAACAGCCUCCAGAACAACUGUCACCACUGAAGUCUUUGAGAAGCAUCACAGCGUGUUCAGGGAACAAGUGGACACUGAGGAAACAGAUGAGAAAGUGAUGGAAUUAAAGCAUUCUGAAAAUGAGAAAUCUGAAGAGAACGCUGAAAGUAUGAACGCAGGGCCAAACUGGAGAAAUAAGCGAAGCUCUAAUAGGUCAAAGGACUCACACGGCCAACAUUUUACUCUCUGGGAGGCGAUCAGCUCACACAACAAGAGCCUGCUGAGCUUCUUUGCAAGAAACUAUUACAACAUGCGCUUCCUGGCUCUGUUUGUCACCUUUGCCAUAAACUUUAUUCUUCUGUUUUACAAGGUGGCGUCCUCGCCUGCAUCCACAGAGGAGGAGGUUCUGGUCAUGUCUGUCGACAGUGAAGAGCUGGACUCUGUCAUGAAAGAAGACAGCAGUAGAGAUCACUUUGUGCUGGAAGAGAGCAGUGGAUGGAUGGAGCCUUCUCUCCAUCUGCUCGCUAUUGCACACACUGUCAUCUCCUUCUGUUGCAUCAUCGGGUACUACUAUCUCAAGGUUCCUCUGGCGAUCUUCAAGCGUGAAAAGGAAGUGGCGCGCAAGUUGGAGUUUGAUGGGCUUUAUGUCACAAAACAACCUUCAGAGGAAGACAUUAAAGGCCAGUGGGACAGACUGGUCAUUAAUACGCCAUCAUUUCCAAGUAAUUACUGGGAUAAAUUUGUGAAAAGAAAGGUGAUGGAUAAGUACGGAGGCCUUUGUGGCUCUGAGAAGAUCAGUGAACUUUUAGGUCUGGACAAGGCGGCUUUAGACUUCAGCUCUGAUGGAAGAGACAGGACGAGGCUCAAAAGAGACGGCGCCUGGGCUGCUUUGUACAGAUCUAUUGACGUGAAGUACCAAAUCUGGAAACUAGGAGUGGUCUUCACUGACAGUUGCUUCUUAUACUUGACCUGGUACAUGCUGGUGUCAUCUCUGGGUCAUUACAACAACUUCUUUUUUGCUGCCCACCUUCUGGACAUCGCAAUGGGCUUCAAGACGCUUCGUACCAUCCUUUCUUCCGUUACACACAACGGGAAACAGCUGGUCCUGACUGUGGGUCUGUUGGCAGUCGUUGUGUAUCUCUACACUGUUGUCGCCUUCAACUUCUUCAGGAAGUUUUACAACAAGAGCGAUGACAUAGACGCUCAAGAUAUGAAGUGUAAUGACAUGCUUACUUGCUACAUGUUCCACAUGUAUGUGGGAGUCCGUGCAGGGGGGGGCAUCGGCGAUGAAAUCGAGGAUCCUGCUGGAGAUGAGUUCGAGGUGGAACGAAUCAUCUUUGACAUCACUUUUUUCUUCUUUGUGAUUGUCAUCCUCCUGGCCAUCAUCCAGGGCUUAAUAAUUGAUGCCUUUGGAGAGCUCCGAGACCAACAGGAACAGGUGAAGGAGGAUAUGGAGACAAAGUGCUUCAUAUGUGGAAUAGGAAAUGAAUAUUUUGAUGCCGUCCCUCAUGGAUUCGAGACUCACACUCUGCAGGAGCACAACUUGGCCAACUAUCUGUUUUUUCUAAUGUAUCUCAUUAACAAGGAUGAAACCGAGCACACUGGGCAGGAAUCGUAUGUGUGGAAGAUGUACCAGGAGCGUUGCUGGGAAUUCUUUCCUGUGGGAGACUGUUUCCGUAAGCAAUACGAGGAUCAACUGGGAUGAAGGGCAAUCUCAAAUGUCAAAAGUCCGUGUAAAUUUGACUUAUACUGAAGCUUCAACGUUUGUUGUCUUUGAAAUCAGGAAAUCAGCGAAUCACGUUACAUUUGUGCUACUAACACUGCACCGACGCUUGGUUUUUGGAGUGUGUUUGUUUCGCUUUGAGGAUCACAGUUCAUUUACUUAAAGAAUAAAAAUAACUUGUCAAUUUUCUGAA